GUCGAUUCGGCUGGCGGAGAGUGAAGACCUGUCGCUCUCUCUUUCCGUGCAGCGGAUUUUUGGCCAUUACGUUCGGAAAGCAACGGGUUUAAAACGGCGACGGAGGAACCCACUCAGACCACGCGAGGGACGACUAGUGGGUGGGACCACGUCAGCAGGAGGAGGGACAAGGAUACUGAGGAUACGCGAGGGGACUUGAGUCAUGGCGCGGCGAGGAUCCGGCUGAAGUUCCUCUUGUUUUUUUUUGAAGUUUUAGUUUAUUUUUUUCACUUUUAUUCCCCGUUUCUUUAAUCUCUCUUUUCGGUAUCUCUCUUUUUUAUAUCCUCUCCUGACUCUCUAAUCAUCCUCUUCUUACUCUCGACCUCGCUCUGAUCCCACUCGAGUCGACCUUGACGAACCUCACCCCUUCUUUUCGACCACUCGAGAGCAACGCAGCAUCUCCCUCAAUUUUGCUCUCCCUCUCAUUUCCCUCUCCCUCUCUUUCUCCCUCAACUUGCACCAUGGAGAGUGGGCGGACGUUCUCUCACCGCAACCUCCUCGCCGCCCUCGCUCUGCUGGUGGGCGUGAUCAUAUUUCAUCCAACCUGUGUUAAGGUGCUGUGUUCCACCGCAGGUCUGCUCCACCUCCUGGUGAGGAGCGAGGAAACCGCGCAGCCCCUCAACUACGUCAGGGACUUCCUCCUUUGGACGAGGAGGAGGAGCAUCACCCCCGAGGAGAUCAAGGUCGGGUCCAUGUCCUCGCUGGCGUCCACGAGCUUCUACCCGACCAAGACCUACGUCAUCGUCCACGGGUUUUUAGGCAGCGGGACUGAUGACUGGAUUAUCGACAUGAAGAACGCCCUCCUCAAGCACGAGGACUGCAACGUGAUCGCGGCCAGCUGGGACUCCGGCACGACCACCCUCGGCUACUACGUGGUGCAGGGCGCGCGUCCCCAGGUCGGCGAGGACAUAGGCCGCCUCAUCCGCUUCCUCCUGCACGCCACGGCCCUCACCAAGCCGCAGAUCCACCUCAUCGGCCACUCGCUCGGGGCGCACGCCGUCGGGGUUCGCCGGGAAGAGCUUGAACGGCACGCCUCGCCAGGAUCACAGGCCUGGACCCCGCCGGCCUCAUGUACCACACGACGGACCGCACGCAGAGACUGGACCGAAGUGACGCGGAGUUCGUCGACGUCAUCCACACUCACGGCUGCACGACCAUCCUGAACCAGUGGUCGGACUGCUACGGCAUCGACGAGAACCUCGGAGACGCGGACUUCUGGCCGAACGGCGGGGAGAGGCAGCCCAUGUGCAAGGAGGGCGGCGACGGUCAUCAGAUGGUCAGGGAGGGCAGCAGCUGCGACCAUGGCAUAGCGUACG